AGUAAAAUACCUAAGCACAUAACACGUAGGCCAACGUGUCAGUCAUAAAAUCACGUGACUUGAUCACGUGAUAGUGGCAUUAAAUAGACUAUCCCUGCAUGUGGGGUAAUUGUCAUUUUGUUGUCUGAAAGAACUCUCUCUUCCUCCCUCUCUCUUUCUGUUAGUAAAUGUCUCAGAGAAGAGUCUAUCCUAGUAAUCCUUCAGUGCCAACAGGGCCCUCUCCUGGUUACCAUGGAAACCUACCCCAGCAGCAGCAGCAGCAGGGACAGUACCCUCCUCCUCCUCCUGGGGGUGUGGCUAAUAAACUAGGGGCAAUGAGUUUAGGUCCUCCUGGUCCCCCGUCUGGUUCAUUAAUGGGAGCUCCACCCACCUCAUUAAUGGGUUCUCCCCCUCAACCAACUGUUAACGGCCCACCUCCUUCAUUAAUGGGAGCUCCACCCACCUCGUUAAUCUCUCAUUCAUCAGCUGGUCCCUCCUCCCUAAUGGGUCCUGGCCCACCCGGUCCUUCAUUAAUGGGUCCUCCUCCUCCUCUUAGGCCACACCCAAUGGGACUAAUGGCCCCACCCACACAACUAGGAGGAGGCCCUCCGACUAAUAUUAGACCUCAGCCACCGCCCACUCAAUUAGCAGGACCUCCACCUAUAAAUAGACCUCAAUUAGUGGGUCCUCCUCCACCCACUCAAUUAGCUGGUCCUCCACCCACUCAAUUAGCAGGUCCUCCUCCACUUAUUAAUAGGUCCCAGCCACCACCCACUCAAUUAGCAGGUCCUCCUCCACUUAUUAAUAGACCUCAACCACCGUCCACUCAAUUAGCGGGACCUCCACCUAUGAAUAGACCUCAAUUAGCAGGUCCUCCUACUCAAUUAGUGGGUCCUCCACCCACUCAAUUAGCUGGUCCUCCGCCCACUCAAUUAGCGGGUCCUCCACCCACUCAAUUAGCAGGUCAUCCUCCUAAUAUUAGGCCUCAGGCUCCGCCCACUCAUUCUCAGUUCCCUCUUCAUCCUUCUCUAGCUCCUCCCACUUCAGCGGCCCAAGGUCCCCCGACAGGAUCUCAUUCCCAUACUCUCAUGUCUCAUACCGGUACUCAUGGUAUGUACAUGGCUGAAGGUGGGGGUAGUACUGGAAUGAGUAUGGCAGGUCCACCUCCACUGGGUCACAUGACAGCUCCGCCUCCUAACAAGUAUCCUCAUUCUGGACCAACUGGUUUGACUGGUUCUACUCUCCAACCUCAACCAGAACCUCAACCACCUCCUCCUCAGCAGGUGCUUCCGAACAUUCAGCCUGUCAAUGUGCAAGAAGUCCGUAAUAUCUUACCUGCCACACCCAUCACAGUCUCCACCCCACUACUACCGCAGCACCUACGGGAUCUUAAUCCGGAUCCUUCCGUGUUCUGCUCUACAAUGUCGACUGUUCCAGCUACUUCUGGACUCCUCAAUAAGAUGAAGUUACCCUUUGCUAUUCACAUCCAUCCAUUCAAGGACAGCAAGGCUAGGGAGUGUCCGGUCAUUAAUCCCAGUACUAUUGUAAGGUGUAGGGUCUGCCGAGCUUAUAUCAAUCCUUUUGUAUCUUUUGUGGACCAGAAGCAUUGGAGGUGUAACUUCUGCUUUAGAAAUAACAUUGUUCCUGAUAAUUAUGAUUAUAAUCCUCAGUCUGGUAAGUCAGGUGAUCACUCCUUCCAUCAGGAGUUGCGUCAUUCGUCAGUUGAGUACAUAGCACCUUCGGAAUAUAUGGUCCGUCCUCCUCAACCUAGUGUAUAUUUUUUUGUUAUUGAUGUAACCUACCCAACCAUACAAUCAGGUCUUCUUGAUGUAUUCUGUGCUACACUGUUGGAUUGUAUCAAUAAGUUACCAGGUGACAGUCGGACUAUGGUUGGAUUCCUCUCAUUCGACCACACCCUCCACUUCUACAAUCUCAAACCGUCCCAAGCUCAGCCUCAGAUGCUAGUUGUAUCAGAUUUGGAAGAUCCUUUCAUUCCAUCUCCCACGUCGCUCCUCGUUAAUUUGAGAGAAUCAAAAGAACUGGUGAAGUCUUUCCUGCAAGAUUUCCCUCGUAUGUGUCGAUCAAAGAAACCUUCAAGUGCUCUAGGACCUGCUUUAGCCAUUACUGAGAAACUGCUGCACCAGAUCGGUGGUAGGAUCACCGUGUUGAUGAGUUCACUGCCUAACGUAGGACCAGGAGCACUUAAAGUGAAGGAAGCUACUGGAGCUACUAAAAUGGAUCAGCUCAAUAUGUCUGCCAGUACUGAUUUCUACAAGAAGUUAGCUCUGGAUUGCUCCGCCCAGCAAAUAGCAGUUGAUCUUUUCGUCUUCUCAAGCAAAUCCCAAAGCAUUGACCUCAUGACAGUCUCAACCGUUGCCAAGUUCUCCUCCGGUCAAGUGAGGUACUAUCAGAGCUUCCACUCGGAGAGGGCCAGUGUCAGGGAACAAUUUGAAAAAGACUUUAAACGGUAUUUGACUCGUAAUAUUGGGUUUGAGUCUGUAAUGAGAAUAAGAUGUACUGAAGGUCUUAGCCUCCACACGUUUCAUGGUAAUUUUUUUGUCCGCUCUACCGACCUCCUUUCCCUCCCUAACGUGAACCCUGACCACGCCUACUGCAUGAACAUGGCCAUUGACGAGAGUCUCAAGGACUUCCCAAUGGUUUGCUUUCAAGCAGCUCUCCUCUACACCUCUUAUAGAGGUGAUAGACGUAUCCGUGUUCAUACCUUAUGCCUGCCUGUGUCAGACCAGCUGGCUCAGUUGUAUGCUGGUCUUAACGUAGUACCCAUUGCUGGAGUACUUGCUAAAAUGGGAUCCGACAGACUCACUACCGCUUCUCUUGGGGAUGCCAGAGAUGCUCUUGUUAAUACAGUCAUUGAUGCUACUAAAGCUUAUCGCUCAAACGUUGCCUCAACAAUGCAAGGAGGAGGGGCUAAGCUAACACUACCAGUGUCACUGAGACUACUACCUUUAUUCAUACUGAGCUUAUUGAAGAAUAUUGCCUUCACUCUUAGCAACAGGCAGAAUACCGACUGUAGGUCGGCCACCAUUAGCACUAUACUGACAUUACCUCUGGACUGGCUAAUCUCAUUCUUCUAUCCUAAACUCUAUGCACUUCACACACUAUCAGAUAAGGAUACAGUGGAUUCUGAUGGGGAGGAGCUCUUAGCUCCGCCCAUUUUACAACUCUCGGCUGAAAAACUAACACGAUAUGGAAUAUUCUUAAUGGACUAUGGAACAGGUAUUUAUAUUUGGGUCAGUAAAGAAGCACCUGCUGAUGUUAUUAAUAAUAUUUUUGGAGUUCCUCAUUUUGGGGCAAUACCUGAAUCAAUGACCUCCCUCCCUUUGCUUGAGAAUAAUUUGAAUCGAUUAACCAAUUCGCUAAUUUGUCAGUUACGGUUGUCACGGCAACACUUUAUGCCGUUACUCGUCAUUCGCGAGGAUGGCCCCCAUCGUUUGCUAUUUAUUAAUUACCUGAUUGAUGAUAAAACUGAAGACGGGACUUCUUAUUACGAAUUUCUGUCUCACAUCUCUCGGCAGUUAACAAAAUAAUAAACUGUCCAUUAGCAAAAGGGCUCGUUGUGUGUUAAUUAAUUAAUUUAUUAUUAUUAUUAAUUAUUAUUGAUUAUUGCAAUUAAUGAGAUUUCUCUAUA